CCCCCUCAUCUCCUCCUCGUCACCCUCCUCGUCACCCUCAGCCUCACCCUCGCCGCCCCCUCACGCUCGCUCUUCGCUCUUCGCCUCACUCUGUGCAUCUGCCCUUGCGCACGCCACCUCAUCCCCCCUACGCGCGGACAAAGCCAUGUCGGCAGCGGCGCAUCCCGAUGCGCGGCCCACACCCGCACCCGCGCCCACGUCGGCGUAUGUCAAUCUCUCCAAGCAGGCCAAAUACGUCGCCCUGGGCGGCGCUGGCGUCUGGCCCGCUCCGCCCUCGGCUUCUCUCUCCUCGCGUCUACUUCUCACCGCACAAUCUCUCGGCGCCAACCUACAAACGGCGACGUCCGGCACGCAACUGCUUCUUUCCGAUCUGCGUCGUUCGCUCCCCUCUCGCGAUCUCCUCUCGGCGCUGCGUCUGCCCAACGCCGAGGCGCUCGCUCGGCGGCUCGGCGUGCCCGCCGAGCAAGGGGGCGCAUUGCUGGCCUCGCUGGAGACGGCGCAGGGAAGGGCACAGAGCUGGAAGGAGAACAACGUCGGCGCACUGGGCUGGAUCGGCGCCGUGGCGGGUGCGGGGAGCGCUUAUGUCCUCGUGUUUGGAGUCGUGGGAUUGGUCGGCCUCGUCGCUAUGCCGACGAGGAAAGUGCGCGCUGAGUAAAGCGUCGCGAACAGCAAAGCGUGCCCAGACGAGUUUCGCUCCUCCGUUGCGCAACACGAGCCUACUCUUCCCCCCUCUUCGACCUUUCUGUUCCUUCAAAGAUUUCACCACCUCGAACCCUCUCCACUCUCUCCGCCUCGCAACCUUGAACGGCCCAGUCCUCUUUUCCCCUCUUCUCACCGUCUAGUUACUGCGCUACUUUUUCACCUCAUGCCUUUUUCCUCCCUCUUCUGUCUCUUCCUUCCCCGUCCUCUAGUCACACAUCGACUCUCUUCACUCUACUUGACUCUCGACCCGCCCUUGUCGAAACGCGCUACGCUGUAACAACCUCAGAAAUGGCUUAAUUGUCUCCUCC